GCUGGGGUUAUAGUUUUAUUACUAAGUAGAUUAGACGUGAACAAAUAAAAUAUCUAUUUUAAAAUAUCAAGACAAGUAGGUUUGAUUCUCCAGGAUGAGCUAGAGGCCAGCAAGUUUUAUCUGUUUAUGCAUGAAGCUCUUUUGGCAGUGAAAGUCGAAGUCCGCACCUUUAGUAGAUUGCGUUGGGAACGCUGUGUCAGGUUAAAGAGUAGUAGUAAACUUCAUGGUCUAGCCGCUCCUGGCGAGAAUUUCUGCUCACAAUGUUCGCAAGAAUUCAGCCGUAUCUGCUGGUUAUCUUCGUUCAAGUUUUGGUUGUAGCAGCAAUCACAAAUCCACAGGAUUUUGCUGCUCUGCAAUCUCUCAAAUCUGGAUGGGAGAAUGCACCACCAAAUUGGGCUGGAACAGAUCCAUGUGGGAGUGGUUGGAUUGGGAUUGGAUGCAGCAAUUCUCGCGUCGUCUCUAUAACAUUAGCGAGCGUUGGUUUGAGUGGUCAAGUACCUGGGGACAUCGCCGAUUUAUCUGAACUGCUGACUCUGGAUUUAUCAUACAAUGAAGGAUUAACUGGAUCUCUUCCCAGAACAAUUGGAAAUUUGGCAAAGCUAACAAGCUUAAUCCUCGUUGGCUGUGGCUUUUCUGGUCAGAUACCAGACACCAUAGGAUCUAUGAAGCAGCUAUAUACUCUGUCGCUAAAUUCUAACAAGUUUAUUGGCCAAAUACCGCCUUCUAUCGGUGCUCUACCAAAACUUCAUUGGCUGGAUUUAGCCGACAACAAGCUUUCUGGCAGCAUACCUGUCUCAAAUGGAACUGCACCUGGUCUUGAUAUGCUUGUCCAGACACAGCACUUUCACUUUGGCAAGAAUCAGCUGUCUGGUGAAAUCCCAUCUCAACUUUUCAGUGGAAAUAUGUCUCUGAUUCAUCUGCUACUGGAGAAUAACCAGCUCACGGGAAAAAUCCCUUCCACCGUGGGCCUUAUCCAAACUCUGGAGGUGUUACGCCUUGAUAGGAACUCAUUGAGCGGACCAGUUCCGCAAAACCUCAGCAAGCUCACCAGUGUUCAGGAGCUGUUCUUAUCAAACAAUAACUUGAACGGGCCCCUGCCUGAUCUCACCGGUAUGACCUCCCUCAAUUACCUGGAUAUGAGCAACAAUACAUUUGAUGCAUCGGAUUUUCCUCCAUGGAUUUCAACCUUACCGUCUUUGACAACGCUUAAUGGAAAACACAAAUCUUCGGGGGCAGUUCCAGAAAAGCUUUUCAGCCUUGCUCAGCUGCAGUCUGUGAUAUUGAAGAAUAAUCGACUCAAUGGCACCCUGAGUCUUGGAUCCAGUUACAGCAAUGAGCUACAAUUAGUUGAUUUGCAAAAUAAUACAGUUAAGUCCUAUACUGAACAAGCUGGUGGGUACGGCAGUAUUCAGAUAAUACUUGUAGAUAACCCAAUUUGUCAAGAAACACCACCAAGCUACUGUAUCCCUCCUCGACAAGCCAAUUCCUCAUAUACAACUCCGAGUAAUUGCUCGAGGCCUCAGUGCAGAUCAGAUCAAGUUUCUAGCCCCAGCUGUCAAUGUGCAUAUCCAUACACGGGCACCCUAUUUUUCCGGGCUCCUUCGUUCUCUAACUUGGGGAACUUGAGCACUUUUCUGGCUCUGCAAGAGAGAUUGAUGUUCACAUUUCAGUCUCAUCAGUUGCCUGUGGAUUCAGUUUCUCUGAGUAAUCCCUCAAAAAAUUUAGAUGACUAUCUUACUUUAAGCCUUGAAGUUUUUCCGUCUGGCCUGGAUUACUUCAACUACACAGGAAUUUCUGCAAUUGGUUUUGCGCUUAGCAAUCAAACAUUUAAGCCUCCCCCAUUCUUUGGGCCUUUCUUCUACCGUGCGAACGGCUAUCAAUACUUCAGUGGUAGUUAAGAUGUUCAGAUGUUAUUACUUCGGUCGACUGUCUAUAUGGAGUAUUAUUUCUUCUUUCUUCUUGAUUCUCCUCAUGGUUUUAUCUGU